AUGACCGGCCUUCGAGGCAAGACUGCAAGUCUUCUCCUCGAUCGAAUCCCUGGAGAUCAACGGCUGGAAGUUGUCCGAGAUGUCACGAGCUCACUGGGUCCGAAGAGCAGCAAUGCAGAUGUUGGUUUCGCUGCUGCCUUGUUGAAAUUGCAACCCGAAACCCGGUCUAGAAGUCUUCUGCUUGACCACCUGCAGAGCCAAGUGGAAAAUGGCUGCGACUUAGUAGCUGAUGCUCCAGAGCUGGAACAAGAAGUGCUGGCUCGAGUCAUUGAAUCCAUUGCUCAGUCGUGUUCACUGAGCGGUGACGGACGCAUUGAGAAUGGCGGCUCGACCCUUGAUUCUGGUCGCCAAAAACGGACGAAUGGCAUCGCCAACGAUUCCGGUCCUUCGGCGGCUGUCGACAUGAUAACUAAUUCCCUCAGAUUCGCGAGCCGAAGGUUGUCUGCAGAGCUGGCCGAAGUUCCCGCUCAACAGUUGUUCAGUUCUUGCCUGAAGCUGGUCGCAUCCGCAGAUAAGAGCAUUGCUUCGUCUGCUCAGGAAGCUUUGCACGCUCUACUCGCGCUGCGGUCGCAAGUCUCUACUGAAGAGCAGCAGAUGUUGUGGGACCGCAUCCAAAAUCUUUCGAGCUCGAAUGAUGCUUCUCACAAGACGGUCGGCUACUCGCUGUGGCUGCGCUGGACUAUGGAACAGUCGCUUGACAAGUCGAUCCUUGCUCAGCAGACCUAUUGGAGUUUGAUCGUAGAGGCUCUGAGGAACGGAGACUCCGAAAAACGAAAAUGCGGUCUUCAAAUACUGCGAUCGUCAGUCGAUAUGGCAAUUCGAGAACCUUCCCUGGUGUCGAUGGUAGCCGCGCAAUCAAAUUUGAACUCAUCUUCAACUGAGUCAAUACGGAAGCAAUACGCCAGAUUUUGCAAUACAUUCGAAACGAUCGUUCUCGGCAGAUACCUCAAUCAAGUGCAGUUGAGUGAAGCUGACCUAGACUUCUUAUCAUCACCACAGUCGGCAGUUAAACCGGUCUGGCUGUAUACUCUCCUAUCCUCGGCAAUGGACCAGCGACUGCAAGAAUCAAAUCGAAAGUUCAUUGGAACAUGGAUCAUGACCGCCAAUAUUCGAGUAGACGAUGCAGGAAGUUUCUUAACAUUUUUCCGAAACGACUUCAUACCAUGGGUGACAGCUGGAUACUUGUUCACAUCCUCGCUUCGCAGGGAAGAAGGCCAGCUACGGUGCCAGCACGGUGAUCAAUUAGCGACGUACAUCGCGCAACUGCUACAGAGCUAUUCCGAGCUUACGGGUGACAUUGCUGACGCCAUUCUGGACAGCAUGUUGGCUCGCAAGAACAACAACUUUGCCUACUCAAUGGUGUAUCAAGUAGAAGGUCUAGCACAGGCAUGGGAGUCUGUCGAGGGACUCGAACCACAGGCCGAACAGCUCGAAAAGCUUGCGAAGAUCUCUACUGGCUCUGCGAUUCCGGACGUGGCUCGAGACUUUGCGCUCGCUCGGUGCUGGAAGCUAUGCUAUGCGUACAAACAGAAGAACGCUGCCUUGACCAACAGCACGAUCGAGACUUCUGCUUCUCGGUGGCAGCGACUCCAGGAUAUAACGAAGGGACUUGACGCAGGCAUAUCAGCGCAGACCAACGGGACGAUUGCUUCAUCAGCUUUGGAUCCAUCGAAGAGAGAGAUCAAUGAGCAAGCAGCAUUGCGGAAGUGCGCAGAUCUGAUCGAGACACUGGACCGAGGAGUCGACCAGGACGAGGCAGAUCGCCAUAACGAGCUAGUGAAUGAUCUCUGGACCGACAUGGAGUAUCUCGAAUACCCAAAGGCCCUCCUUAUCGCUCUACCAGAAUUGGUUCUUCACCCCGAACUUGUCUCCAUGGCGUCAGUAACAGCCUCGAGCAACGAUGCCCUGGCUCAGACGUUGGUCAAGAAGACGCAGGCUUUGCUAGAACAGGCAGACCGGCGAUCUUACUUGCUCGCUCCUAUCGUCAGUGCGAUCCGAGACGUGGCAUUGUCAAGUCCAGAGGCAGCCUCGACUCUGAAGCUGGAAGACUCGAUUCUGUAUAUCGCCGAGCAUCCUCCGACUACCACUAUCGAUUCGCAAUUGGAAGAGACUGCAAGUUGCCUUCUGAAGUCGAUGGACCCGUCGUUGGUGCGCUUCUCAUACGAAUACUACUUCGGCGAACGAGCAAGCUAUGGAUUUGCUGCCUUGAUUGAUAUGACCAAUCGAUUGGGAAAUCUGAACAAUGGCCUUGCAGAGAACCUGCUCAAGCGUAUAUUGGAGAAAUGGGUGAAGCAAAGACUGCCACCUCCGACCGUCAGUCAAUGGAAAACAUCUCUUCAGCUGCAAAUCAUGCUGCUCUGUGCGGAGCAAUACCUCCCGAGGGCAAACGGAACCGAGGCCAGGAAGCUGUUGAAAGACUUCUAUCACAUCCUCUCCGUCGAGCCACUGCCAACACUUCGCUACAUCAUUGAGUGGACCAUCGCCAGGGCAUACAUCCACCAUCCCAGCCUCGGCCAAACCAUAUUCGAUGAGCUUAGCACGAAAGACCACCACUCGAAUCCGAAAUUCCUCGCCUCGCUUAUGAAGAUCGGAGUGACUAUUGCCAAAACGUCCACUUCCGACGAGGCUUUCGCUAUGAAGCUAGCCACUGUCUUCGUCCCGUUGGCAGCCUCGUCCAAAGUCGUUAUCCGUCACGAAGCGCAGUGGCAGGUGCCCAUCCUCCUGGACCACGCUCGUGAAAAGCAAUGGCGGUCCAUCAUUGAGUCUACCGCUUUCAUCGCUCUGGACGACUUUAUCCGCAGUCUCGAGCGCUAUUCGGACCCACCCGUCGACCGCCAGAUCGAUCAACUUGAUCCCAUCAGCGACCACAAUCUCAUCCACCUUAUUUCCGGGCCAUGGUGGGAUCUCGACCAGGUUGAACAGCGGAAAUGCCAGCACUCCGACUUUGUCCGUCUGCUCGCGAACUCUUCUCCUGCACUUCCUGCUCCGUGUCUUCCGCUGGGACCUCCUCCACCCUCAUCUACCACAUCGUCAGCUACAACCAACACUACUCAGGAGCCUGCGGACGCUGCCGUCAACCGUGUCCGACGAAACGUCAACACAAUAUCCAGCACGCUGACAUCGACGCCUCUUCCAUCUUCCGCUUUACAAACCAAGGGAACGUCAUACCUCGCGACCCGAGAUGCCGCCCGACCAACUUCACUCAUCGUCAUCGCCUCCCUGGUAGAUAAUCCACACAACCUGGGUGGGCUCUCGAGAGUCUCAGAGAUCUUCGGCGCCGGCGCCCUCUACGUGACUAACCCAACCGUGGCCUCAUCCAAAGACUUCGUUGCGGUUUCCGUAUCUUCACAUUUCCACUUACCCAUCCUCGCGCUUCUACCAGACGACAUUCCCUCCUUCGUGGCAGAGAAGCGAAAGGAAGAAGGCUAUACCAUCGUGGGUAUCGAGCAGACGGACCGCAGCGUUCUCAUUGGCGGCGAUGGGAAAGAAGUCGUGGCACUGCCAGAGAAAUGUAUCCUCGUGGUUGGCAGUGAGAGGGAGGGUAUACCCGCUAAAGUGUUGAGUGAAUGUGGAUUGCUGGUGGAGAUUGAGCAGGUGGGCGUCACGAGAAGUUUGAAUGUACAGACUGCGGCAGGGAUUGUGUUGGCGGAAUACGUCCGGCAGAGGAGGGUGGAGAAGAGGGAGCGCGCUUCGGAACAUUACUUGAAGUUUGGAAGGUGCAUAUUCCGAGUGCAGGAGCAGGUAGAUCGAGACAGUUCCAAGCUCCUUUCAACGGUGCACGCCCACUUCGCUCCCGCUCCAGCUCCAGGCAAUGUGGCUCCAGCUCGCUUCGUCUCGCAGCUGCCGUUCUUCAUUCCCGAUGCCACGGCGGCGAACAGCAAACUCCCCACGUACUUCACCGUGGGAUCGGUGGACAACGUGACUCCUCCGGAACCGGCCAUUGCGUUGGCCAAGAGGAUGAAUGCGACGUUGCAAGUCGUUUCAGAAGCGGGACAUUUCGAUGUCUAUCCAGGAAAGUUUGCGUAUGAACGGAAUGUUACUGCUCAGGUGGCUUUCUUGCAAGAGAAUGUGCCGAUUUGA